AUGUACCAGAGCGAAGACCAGACUACAAAGGUUCAUUAUCUGAUUCCAGACCAUCAGUACAGCGGACUGGUUCAGCACUUCACACCGUAUUACUGCAGCCCAAUAACACUGACCGAUGUGACACAACAGGACCAGAGGACCUAUAACUUCAUGGCAACUCCAUGUAGUUUUCAAGUUGUUCAUCUUUCUGUCACAGAGCUUCAGGUGGACAUGGUUCCUGAUAGCGUGCUUGAGGGAUAUGCAGUCACUCUUACAUGUAAAACCACCUGCAGGCUGACUGACACUCCGACAUUCACCUGGUACAAAAGUGGAAGUGAAUUAUACUCCAUCUACAACUCUAACCUGCUUCAUCUGCCAGCAGUCAGUCAGGAGGAUUCAGGCAGCUACAGCUGUGCUGUAAAGGGGCAAAGUUAUCGCUCCCCUGCUGUUACUCUUAAUGUCUACUACCCUCCAAAGAGAGUCUCAGUGUCCAUCAGUCCCUCUGGUGAGAUAGUGGAGGGCAGUUCAGUGACUCUGACCUGCAGCAGUGAUGCUAACCCACCUGUGCAUGACUACACCUGGUAUAAGGAAACAUCCUUCAUAAGAACAGGACAAUCUUAUAUCAUUAACAGGAUCAGGUCUGAGGACAGUGGAGAGUACAAGUGCAACGUCAGAAAUCAAUACGGAGAGAAAUACUCUGAUGGAGCAACUUUAAAUGUUUUGUAUCCUCCAAAGAGAGUCUCAGUGUCCAUCAGUCCCUCUGGUGAGAUAGUGGAGGGCAGUUCAGUGACUCUGACCUGCAGCAGUGAUGCUAACCCACCUGUGCAUGACUACACCUGGUAUAAGGGAACAUCCUCUAUAGGAACAGAACAAUCUUAUAUCAUCCACAGGAUCAGCUCUAAGGACAGUGGAGAGUACAAGUGCAAGUCCAGCAAUCAAUAUGGAGAGAAAUACUCUGAGGAAGUGACUGUAAAAGUUUUGUAUCCUCCCAAGAGAGUCUCAGUGUCCAUCAGUCCCUCUGGUGAGAUAGUGGAGGGCAGUUCAGUGACUCUGACCUGCAGCAGUGAUGCUAACCCACCUGUGCAUGACUACACCUGGUAUAAGGAAACAUCCUUCAUAAGAACAGGACAAUCUUAUAUCAUUAACAGGAUCAGGUCUGAGGACAGUGGAGAGUACAAGUGCAACGUCAGAAAUCAAUACGGAGAGAAAUACUCUGAUGGAGCAACUUUAAAUGUUUUGUAUCCUCCAAAGAGAGUCUCAGUGUCCAUCAGUCCCUCUGGUGAGAUAGUGGAGGGUAGUUCAGUGACUCUGACCUGCAGCAGUGAUGCUAACCCACCUGUGCAUGACUACACCUGGUAUAAGGGAACAUCCUCUAUAGGAACAGAACAAUCUUAUAUCAUCCACAGGAUCAGGUCUGAGGACAGUGGAGAGUACAAGUGCAAGGCCAGAAAUCGAUACGGAGAGAAAUACUCUGAUGGAGUGACUCUAAAUUUUUUGUAUCCUCCAAAAAGUGUCUUAGUGUCCAUCAGUCCCUCUGGUGAGAUAGUGGAGGGCAGUUCAGUGACUCUGACCUGCAGCAGUGAUGCUAAACCACCUGUGGUGAGCUACAACUGGUAUAAAGGAACAUCCUUCAUUAGAACAGGACAAUCUUACAUCAUUAACAGGUUCAGGUCUGAGGACAGUGGAGAGUACAAGUGCAAGGCCAGAAAUCGAUACGGAGAGAAAUACUCUGAUGGAGUGACUCUAAAUUUUUUGUAUCCUCCAAAGAGAGUCUCAGUGUCCAUCAGUCGCUCUGGUGAGAUAGUGGAGGGCAGUUCAGUGACUCUGACCUGCAGCAGUGAUGCUAAACCACCUGUGCAUGACUACACCUGGUAUAAGGGAACAUCCUCUAUAGGAACAGAACAAUCUUAUAUCAUCCACAGGAUCAGGUCUGAGGACAGUGGAGAUUACAAGUGCAAGGCCAGAAAUCGAUACGGAGAGAAAUACUCUGAUAAAGCGACCGUAAAAGUUUUGUGUAAGUGA